AUGAUUCUUACCUUUAUCAAUACAUAUAUGGGAGAUGUAUGUUGGUCGAAGACGCCUUUGAUUGCGGGAUGGAUGCGUGUGCACCCAACGCAACAAGAGCCGGGGUACCGUAGCUUGAGCUCUACGCUACUCAUAUGCCAGUCACAUUUACGAGCCGCUGUGUUUGACGUUACUGUGGAUACCAAUGACAAUAUCAUCGCCACUGAGCAGAUAGGCGAUCCCAUUACGCACCUUGAACAAUGGCCCGCGAAUCUAUCCCAAUCUAUUGUCGAUGAAGUAGCUCGAACCAACCUCCAAUCUAACCAAAAUUGGCACAACGAAACAGUGACGACAGACUGGACCAACCACCUGUUGACAUUGAUGAUUGGCAACCGAUCGCUUGUUGACCCAGCCCACGACGUUCCAGAUCCUGCUACAAUGCGUCCAAUUCUAGAAGAUCUUUACGGACGACUAGCCGCUACUUUGUUUGGCUUGAACCCGUCCUUCUUCCAAAAGGCCACAGACAAAAUAGAUCCAAUCCCUGCCUCUAUCUUCCGGGUCGAAACUCGCAUCUUCUUAUCCGAGCCUGCAUUCAUCUUGAGUAUCUCUAUUCUGGCUGUCUAUCUUCUCAUUUCCGUGGCUGUGUAUACCCGAGCACUGGCUAUACUACUCCCUAGAAUGCCGACCUCUCUCGGGUCACUUCUAGCGUAUUCAGUUGCUAGUCAAGCUACUGAGGACUUCAUCAACCAACAAGAGUCGGGCGAUAAGACAAUCACAAAUCGUACGUAUACCUUUGGUAGAUAUAUUGGCAAAGACGGAAAGCCUCAUAUUGGUAUUGAACGAAACCCAUUUGUUGUUCCACUAGACAAGGAGUACUUCAAGAAAAAGGGGCCCUAUAUGCCAAUAUGA